ACGCGUAGGUAGUUUAUGCUAGUUUUUAUUAUGAGCAGUUCCAGUUCCAGUCCAGCCCCUUGUGAUCAGCGCCCUUACGCAAAGAUUCCCAUCGCUAUGGUUCGGACCAUGAGGGCGAAUUUCACGUCACCACUAUCGGACCAUGGUGCGACCUGGACGGGAAUCUGCGCCGGCCGGUGUUGAAGUGGUCAGUGUCGAAUUUUUAAUUGACAGCAGCCGUUGGCGGACCAGCAACCACGCCGGGUACCGCUCUAGCCCUGUACUGUUCGACAGGCUUCUUCCUUUUGGAUUCCGUGAAAACUCUGGGCCGUUGUGGGGGAGAAGAGUACGCUCCGGCGCAAAGCGAGACUCAUCGCCCACGAGGCGCAAGUCAAGCAGGUAUGUGAGAGGAAGCGAGAAGGCACGGCACAUGGCUCGGUCCAAGCUUGCUUCGGCGGUCGACGAUGACUAGCAACUAGGUAGGCAGCAUCCGAGGUUGACACAUACUUUGUCGACAAG